AUGGACAGUCGAGCGUCGCCAACCCCGCCCACGGCCCGUCCCAGGAAUUCGUCGUCGUCGAUUACCUCGACAACGGCUUCACAUGCCGCCUCGACGUCGCAAACCAACGGCAUGCCUACGAAUUCACGCACCGGCCGCGGUGGCACCCCAACCGCCACCCGCUCUGCAUCCAAGCUCGUCGACCAGGACAAGCCGACACGGGCUGCGAGCAAAGACAGCCUCAAGCAGAAGAUGCUGAGCAAGAAGGAUGACGCCCCCCAGCCAAGCCGGGCAGAUGAGCAGCUCAAGGCGCUCAAGUCCGAGUUUGACAGCCUGCGCACCCAUCUCACAUGCAAGAUCUGCGACCGCUUGCUCUACCAACCUUACACCAUAUCGUGCGGACACACGUACUGCUAUACAUGUCUUUGCACCUGGUUCGUCAGCAACAAGGCCCGCAAGACAUGUCCCGACUGCCGCAUCGUCGUAAAGGACGUGCCGGCCCCCGCCUAUGUCAUCAGAGACAUGACGGGCGUCUUCAUCGCCCGCGCCGAACUGCUGCCGCUAGGCGAGAGCAUCGAAGACCACAAAAAGUGGCAAAAGGACGAGGCCGACGCUGUGCAGCAGGACAAGGACAACAAGGACUCGCGCACUGGCGGCCUCUUCAAGGGCUGCUUCAGGCUUUCACACCAGCGCAUUCCCUCACUACAAGUUGUGCGCGACCAAGAAGACGGCGUCGACCGCUGUCCACUAUGCACGUGGGAGCUCGAGGACGGUGGCUGCACGCAAUGCGGCCUCAUCUUUGACGAGACAGGCGAAGUCUCGUGGGGCGACAGCUUCACAGGCUUCAGCGACAUGGACGAAAUGUCAGAACACGACGCCGACGACCCCGAUGCCGAGAUGGACAUGCACGACGUCGACUAUGACGGAUAUGACGAUGCACUCAACGAAUGGGGCCAGUACCCUCCUGACCAAGGCUCAUUCAUGAUGCGUCGAUUCCUCGAGGGCGGCAUACCACCCAACGCAGCCGCCUUUGCAAGGCGACGUCCCCUCUCACACAGCGAGGCCGGCAGCCGGCGCUCAUACUCACAGAGCAUAGUCUCGGACAUGUACGGCGAUGAAAUGGACACGGUCGAAGAGGAGGACGAGGACGGUGCAGAGGAAGACUCCUCUAUGAACGACUUCAUCGACGACGACGACGUACCAGGCUCGACCUCACCAAGUGCCGCGUCGUCUACACCAGGCCCCGUGCCUCAGCCGACCACCAACAGGGCGCGAACACAGGCCAGGGCACGUCGUAUCGUCGAAUCGGAAUCCUCCUCUAAUCGCUCAAGUGUCGUGGAGGAGGAAGACGAAGACGAAGAAGACGAGGGGCCAAUUCGCAGAGACAGGAGGAACCCCGCUCAGGCCCGCGUUCUGAGUCGCGCCAACGGCUCCAGGUCCUCCCAUGAGACUGCUUCGUCAACAUCUACUGAUGUCUCUACCGAAGAACUCGACGAGGAUACCCAGGCUUUGCUACGAGAUCAGGGGUGGAUGUUGCAGCGGGACGACGAUGAUGAGAUGGGGGAAGAGGAUGAAGACGAUAGCGAUGGAGGAAGGACGACCGUUGGGUGGGAGCCGCUCGCGAACUCAAAUGACAGAAGCCGAAUGGGCGGUUCUCUAACACCUACUGCAGAUCGUCCUCGGCCUAGCGCCUCUAUACGACCACCUUCGCGAACCGGUAAUGUUCGCGUCUUGAAUACCUCGCGUGGCCUUCGCCAAAGACCUUCUGGUGUCCCAGCUUCAGGAACACAUUACGAAGAUGGCGAAGCGGAUGACGAUGACUCGGACCAAGAUGGCGAUAUUGAUCUGGCCAUGAAUGCGUUGCGAACGCGCCGCUCUCAAGCCCAUAUGCGAAACAUUGCAGCCUUCUCGAACCCUACUCGCUUCAACAACCGCGGGCCAGCACCUGCCGACGGGACAAACGAAGCCGACACUGAUGAAAACUCGGACAAUUCACAACAAGGACAUGGGCGACGAGUGCCUCGUAUGGCUCGCAGAGAAUACGAUCCACGCAUUAGUUGGAUGUUUGCUGCUCAUCAACAAGCACUCCAGCAGCACCAAAUGGCGGGCGCUUUGAUAGAUGUGGAGCCACGGGCCAUCACUCCGCUUUCUCGCCCUCGAACGAGAAACAGAAAUCGGCCAAGCCCAGCACAAGCCUACUCUCCCUUCUUACCCCCUACGCGCCUCAGGACACCGUUGAUGGACAACACUUCAAACCUCGUCAUGGACCCACGAAUGCCAGUAUCACCACCUCGACGAAGUGCCAUGUCUCCGGGCCUGCCGACCAUGGCCAACACAGGGAACAUGAGCCGCUUUGAACGUGCACCUUCUGUCCUCCGUGACCAGUCUUCUGUGGCCACCCUACGGCCCGUGAACUCUCGCGUGAACGUUCGAGAAGCUGGCGGCAACCCACCGCAAGGCAUGAGACCUCAACCAUCCAGGCUCAACCUCCGGUCGCAACCAUCCAGGCGUCAACUUAACAAUCAGACAUCAACGCGUACUUUGCGUGCAAAUGAAAAUGGCCGACCUCCUCCAUCGCCUACCCAAAACACGCCAGCGGCUACACAGCCAGCUGCCCGCCCAGCCGGGUUGACAGCGGACGAACGCAAUCUCCGAGCUCGAGAGCUCAUUGAGACUAGGAGACAAGCACUCGGACAGCGGGACAAUAGUGUCCCCGCGCGCACCAACCCGUUCACCCAAGGUUUCCAACGCCCUGCCAACCCCAUCGGCCAAGCCCACAUGCAGCAACCAGCAACCGCACAGCAUGUGAGGAGUAACUCGAACGAAUCUGUCAAUUCGACCGGUACCGUGCAGGGCUCUCCUGGGUCGCCAGUGCUCGGACGGCGCCGCAGCAACCGCAACAUGCUCAACGCUCCGCCAUCGGGCGCCAUUCCGCAAACACAAGGAGUCUAUAAUGCUCCGACGAAUGGAUACACCAACAGCUACUAUCGUCCAAGACAGGGUAGCGAUGCAUCUGCAGCAUACGAGACAAGCCUCCCUACCAACACCAGGAACAUGAGUCCUAUGAUGGCAGGUCCGCUCAUCUAA